AAAACGAAGAAAAGGCAAGGGCAUUUCGGUCAGGUAAAUUUAACAUCCCCGUGUAUAUAUAUAACAUAGUUUUGAACUCGCAGAAGGGGAAAAACCUAGGGUUUCUGCAACUAUCGCCUUAAUAAUCAGUGAAAAUGCCGCGUCAUGAUGAUCGCUAUGGUAGUACUACACGUCUCUAUGUUGGCCACUUGGCUUCACGAACCCGAUCGCGUGACUUAGAGGACAUAUUCAGUCGAUAUGGAAGAAUACGUCAUGUGGAUAUGAAGCGUGAUUAUGCCUUCGUGGAAUUCAGUGACCCACGCGAUGCUGAUGAUGCACGAUACAGCUUAAAUGGUCGUGAUGUGGAUGGAAGCCGUAUUGUGGUGGAAUUUUCAAAGGGGGUUCCACGAGGUGGUGGUGGUGGUCCCUCAGGUGGGUCCCGUGAAUAUCUUGGCAGAGGCCCUCCACCAGGGUCAGGGCGUUGCUUCAAUUGUGGACUUGAUGGCCAUUGGGCUCGAGAUUGCAAAGCUGGCGACUGGAAAAACAAAUGCUACCGUUGUGGUGAGCGAGGCCAUAUAGAAAGGCAUUGUCAAAACAGCCCCAAGAAAGCUGCUCAAAGCAGGCGUGGACGAAGUUACUCGAGAACUCCAUCUCCAGCUCGACGUGGUAGAAGCCGCAGUCGUAGUUAUAGCAGGGGUCGCAGCUACAGCCGAUCUAGAUCACCUUCAAGGCGGGAGAGGAGCAUUGACCGUGCAGAUAGAAAGAAGAGGAGUCCAAGGAGACACGAGGCUUCACCAUCACCAUCCAAAGGGAGGAAACGCAGCCCAUCACCUGCUGACAGAAGCCCAGAAGCCAGGGAUGAUAGUCCAUCACCAAGAGGCCCAGUUGAGAAGCCGAGUGCAAGGAGUAGGAGCCCUGUUGAAGACGAUGGUGGCAGCCCAAUUGAUAGGAGUCCUGCUGAAGAGAAUGGGCGUAGCCGUAGCCCAAGUGCGGGUCCUAGGGACAAUGCGAGUCCUGUUGAUGAUGAUGAAGGGAACCAUGGUUCGCCAAGGGGCAGUGAAUCUGAUUAAACAUGUGGUCUGGUUGAACUUUUCUUCUGAGAACUUGGGUUGGACUACUAGGAAUUGGUACUUUUCUUUAUGUGUCGUAUGUUGAAAUUUGAAUUUAGAAAAGAUUAAUGAGUUUCUUUUUUUUUUUUU